CUCUUCUCCGCUCCAAAAACCAACCUUCGCUCCGCUUAGCCCACCUCCGCUUCCCUCAUUCAAUUCCUCACUCUCAGUCCGCCGGGCAGGACCCGAAUCUCAUUUCAGUCUUGAAGUCCGACCCGGGUUUUUAUUUUCCUCAAUUUUUUUUUUUUUUUUAAUAUUUGAGUUUCGUAGGGGGUGGUUUGAAUCUGAGUUGGUGGAUUUGGAGGGGGGGGGGGAGGGACUUGGAUUCGAGCAUGUAGUUUGAAGCUUAGGGUUUCGGAGAUCAAUGGCGUCGAUCCGGAGAACUCUGUCGCCGGCGUUCCGGGACCGGCCGUACCUCAACGGCGGCUCUCCGUUUUCAGUUCAAUCGCCGUCGCAGAAGGCCUUCUCCAGCUCCAAGUACUCAUCGCCGCUGGUGUCGGCGUUUGUGACAUUCGCAAUCACCGUCCGGAGAUUCGUCGCCGGCGCUCUGUUGCAGCGGGCUCCGCGUAAAGGCCAGCAGUGGCGGCGAGCGUUUUUCCGGUGCUUGCUGUUCUUCUUCUUAGGGUUCUUGCUCGGUCUGGUUCCGUUCGGCCACGUCGACGACGACGACGCCGAGAUUCGGAGCCACGGCUUCAAUUUCGACAUCAAGCCGCCGCACGUCAAUGUCCAGUUCGACGACGGCGGCGGAGAUCGAGUCGUGAAGCGCAGAGAGGAUCUCGUCUUGGACGUAAGCCCCGUCGUGCCGGUGGCGGAGAAAUAUGAUGAUGAUGAUGACGUGGCGGCGGCGGUGGUGCCGAGGAAACAGGUGAUUGUGGUGACGCCGACGUACAACCGCGCAUUGCAGGCCUACUUCUUGAACAGGGUGGCGCAGCUGCUGAGGCUUGUACCUCCGCCGCUGCUUUGGAUUGUGGUGGAGACCAAAGCCGCGUCGGCGGAGACCGCAGAUAUAUUGAGGAAGAGUGGAGUGAUGUAUAGGCAUUUGGUGUGUGGCAACAACUUGACCAGCGCUAAGGACCGAGGCGUGUAUCAGAGGAACACGGCGUUGGAGCACAUUGAGCGCCAUAAGCUUGACGGCAUUGUGUACUUUGGCGACGAUGACAACAUAUACUCGCUGGACUUGUUUGGUAGCUUGAGAGAAAUCAACCGUUUUGGGACUUGGCCAGUUGCCAUGUUAGCACCAAGCAAAAACAAGGCAAUAUUGGAAGGUCCAGUAUGCAAUGGGAGCCAAGUAAAUGGAUGGCAUACAAAUGAUAAAAGCAAGAGACUGCGUAGGUUUCAUGUUGAUAUGUCAGGAUUUGCUUUCAAUAGCACAAUAUUGUGGGAUCCGAAAAGAUGGCACCGCCCAACAUCCAUUCCAAUUCGGCAAUUAGAUUCAGUGAAGGAGGGUUUCCAAGAGACCACUUUCAUAGAACAAGUGGUUGAAGAUGAAAGUCAAAUGGAAGGUAUUCCAGCUGGUUGUUCAAAAGUAAUGAACUGGCAUCUUCAUUUGCGAGCUCAUAGUCUUGUCUAUCCCAAAGGCUGGCAACUUCAGAAAAACCUUGAUGUUGUUCUCCCCAUUCUGUGAUAUAACUCACUAGCCAUGCAAUUUUGAUUCCUAUAGCUGGAGAAAGUUCUCAAAUUUCAUGUUGGUGGUUGGAUCUCUGCUACUGUAUGAAUCAUUGCUUAAUUUGCUAGACUCAAGCAUUAAGCAGCCCCAGAAAGAUCGGCUGGCAAUGACAAACAAACAGAAAAUGUGUGGUUUUUCUUUGUUUGUAGAAAUUUUCCUGCAUGCCAUAUAUUCUUUUACAGAAACGAAAUUUUCGUUUUUGUUGUAGAGCUCUGGUUCUUGUUAUCAGGUUUUUAGACGUAUUACUAAGAACAGUUGGUACACUGCCGUCCAAAAUUCGGAUGGGUAGGUUUAUCAUGAAUCCAAAAUACUCUGAUGUAGGCCUCGUACCAAAUCAAAGGGGAACUUGUUCUAAUACCUAAGAUGAGUCACAUUUUUCAUCUAAA